AUGGAUGUAGUGAAACAGAUGAUAGAGGAACGGAAAAGUGUAACCCAACAGGUUGGUCGCUGGAAAUUUUUCAAUAAAUUGGAAAUGGAACAGAAACUACUACAAACACGUCGUCAAGAGGAAAAACGUGAAGCUGAAGCAAAAAACCUGCGUAAAACGCAAUUACAACAGCAACAGAUGAAGAAUGAUACAUCAAAAUUAUUGAAUUCCAAAACUGACAUUCAAUGCCUGAUCAAACCGGAAUCUUCUCCAUCGGCUUUGCUUCCACAAGAAGAAGUUAUUCGCCGGCUUAGGUUUCUGAAACAUCCGGUGACUUUAUUCGGAGAAGAUGAAGAUGCAAGGUUUGAUAGGUUGAAUGUUGUGUUGAAAGCUGGAUUGUUUGAAGUUGAGGAUAGUGAUAUGACUGAAGGGCAAACGAAUGACUUUUUGAGAGAUGUUUUGGAGUUGAAGAAGUCACGGAUGUUGAAGCGGAAGGCGACAGAUCAGGAUAAAGAUCGUGAUGACGAAGAUUUGAAGAGGAUGAAAACUAAUUUUGAGGAUUUGUGUGAUGAGGAUAAGAUUUUGGUGUUCUACAAAAAGUUGUUGAAUGAGUGGAAUCAGGAGCUGGAUAAGAUGAGUCCUGAGGCUAAAAAUCAGAAAAUGGUGGCUACUUUUAUGCAGUGUGCUAGGGAGUUGAAUCCGUUAUUUAAUUUGUGCCGGAAAAGGUUACUUAAUGAUGACAUUAGGCAAGCACUAGUUGUGAUGGUUGAAUGUUGUAUGAAUAGAGAAUAUAGUGCUGCAAUGGAUCAAUAUCUUAAUAAGAUAGCAAUUGGUAAUGCACCUUGGCCUAUUGGUGUUACUAUGGUUGGUAUUCAUGAACGAUCAGCGCGUGAGAAGAUUCAUGCAAAUAGUGUUGCUCAUGUCAUGAAUGAUGAGACAACUAGGAAGCUUCUAUAUUCAGUUAAAAGACUGGUGACAUUCCGUCAACAACGCUACCCAACAAUGCCAUCCAAAUCUGUGGAGUUCAAUAGCCUUGCAAAUGGCAGUGACUUACACUCUGUGCGUGCGCAAGAAUCAACUCCUCAAACCUCAGAAGAAAGGCUUCCAAUAAUGCCUAUGCCUGCACAAGGGACGUCUAUAGUUUAA